AUGAGGAGAGAUCAGAGAAGUCCAAAACAGGAUCCAAUUUUGAGUUCUCAAUAUGUUGUAUGCGAGGGAAGGUACAACUGCCGUUUUGAAGCACUUGAUCGGACGUUCAGGAAUCUUAUGUCAGUUACCGAUCAACAUAAGACACAUCAACCAUUUGGUGGUAAGAUUGUUGUUCUAGGAGGUGAUUUCAGACAGAUACUUCCGGUGAUUUCGAAAGGAAGUAGAUACGAUAUAUUAGCAUCCGCUAUUAACUCAUCCCAUCUGUGGACAUUUUGUAAGGUUCUGAAACUGCAUACGAAUAUGAAGCUUUUAAUGUCUUCUUCGGAUCAAGAUGAAGGUGAAAUGAAGAUAUUUGCUAAUUGGAUACUUGAUGUUGGAAAUGGAAAUAUUGGCUCUGUUGUUGGUGAUGAAUCAGAAGUUGAAAUUCUAGAUGAUCUAUUGAUUACAACUACUGAUGAUCCUCUCUCUCAUUUGGUAGACUUUGCAUAUCCAAAUUUGUUGCAAAACAUGUCAGAUUACAGGUAUUUUCAGAGUAGAGCAAUUCUUGCACCCACACUUAAGAGUGUCGAGAAGGUAAACAAUUUUGUCUUGACAAUCUUUCCAAGGAUGAAAAAAGAGUAUUUGAGCUUUGACACAAUAUGUCAAGCUGAUGAGAAUGAAGAUGUAAAACAAGAAUGGUUUACACAAGAGUUUCUAAAUGACAUCAAAUGUUUGAGACUAUCCAAUCACAAGUUGACUUUGAAGGCAGGAGUCGCUGUAAUGCUAUUGCGAAACAUAGACCAGACUUCAGGUUUAUGCAACGGUACACGAUUAAUAGUUAACAAACUUGGCAGCAACGUAAUUGGAGCGACGGUAGUGACUGGUAGAAAUAUUGGAGAUAAAGUGUACAUUCCAAGAAUAAACUUGAUCCCUUUAGAUUCAGGAUUGCCAUUUAAGUUUCAAUGGAGACAAUUUUCAUUAACAGUAUACUUUGCAAUGACCAUUAACAUGAGUCAGGGUCAAUCAUUAUCACAUGUACGGCUUUAUUUGCCAAAAUCAGUGUUCACCCAUGGACAACUUUAUGUUGCUUUGUCAAGAGUUAAGAGUCGCAGUGGCCUCAGGGUUUUAAUUCUAAACGAAGACGGCAAUCCAAAGUCAUCAACAACAAAUGUCGUUAUAUUUAUUAACGGUCGACCGUGGCGCAAUGGCUGGUUUGGUCGGGUGUACACCGGUUUUCUCAAGUACUUUGUCCUCCGUUUUCGACUUCUUCAUGACGCCUUGGUUCGUCACCGCCGCCACCUUCGUCUUCUACUCGUUGUAAGCUUUCCACCGCCGCCGGACGCACCCUCACGCGCCGCUAGAAGUCCAGUCACCGCUUCAAGAUCAGCUAAGAAGCCACCAAGGUGGCCAAGAAGGUUGAGAGUUCCCAUUAAAUUGGUAAAUAAUGUAGCAGAUUUAGCUGAUGGAAGAUUCAAAAUUCCAACCAAGAAUGUGACCAAGUUCAUAGAUAUUCCCAUAACACAUUCUUUCAGCUAG